CGUUACCGAAGAUUCGAGCGAGGACGACGAUGGCGCAGUUGAGGACGACGAGAAUACCAUAGGUUUAGGCAACAACAGAUCAGUGCGCAGAGGCAAACUGAUCGGAAGUGGUGCAUUCGGGAAAGUGCACAGGGUCUGGGCCCCACCAGUGGAUCGCAUUUAG